UAUGAUUAAAAAGAAAAUUAUCCAAGACGUGAUGACUUCAAAUCAGACUCAAACUGAAAACAUCCUUCUCUGCUAUCCACUCUUGUCAAACUCCUGUCCGAAACUGCAUCGUCUUGCUGUAGUUCAAGUGGGAUUGUAUGUUUUUCUGUUGCUGAUGAUCCUCACCACAGUUUUCGGGAACCUGAUGAUCAUCAUCUCCAUCUCUCACUUCAAACAUCUGCAGUCUCCAACUCAUCUGAUCGUUCAGUCUCUUGCAGCCUGUGAUUGUCUCAUGGGUUCUUUGGUCAUGCCGUACAGCAUGGUGCGAUCUGUUGAAGGCUGCUGGUAUCUGGGAGAUGUUGUGUGUAAAGUUCAUUUUAGUUUUGAUGUGACCUUCUGUAUAUCAUCUUUACUGCAUCUCUGUUUAAUAUCUGUGGACAGAUAUCUGGCGAUUUGUGACCCUCUGAGAUACAAAAUAAGGGUCACAAACACCACAAUGACUGUAUUUAUCAUCUUCAUAUGGCUGUUUUCAGUUGUGUACAGCUUUUCAAUUGUGUUUUCAGGAAUAACUGCAGUUGGACUUGAGAUGCUUAUAUUGCAGACUUACUGUGUGGGAAGUUGUGUUCUGUUUUUUAACAAAGAGUGGGCUGUAUAUCCAUUCCUCACAUUCUUUAUUACCGGGGCCAUCAUGAGCUCUCUGUAUAUGAAAAUCUUCCAUGUUGCACGAAAACAUGCAAAGGUUAUGUCAGAAAGAGUGAAGGGAGGGUUGAAGAGCCAAAGAUCUGCUCAGAGGGAGAGAAAAGCCGCUAAAACUCUGGCCAUUGUCAUGGGGGUCUUCAUGUUCUGCUGGCUGCCGUAUUGUGCUUUUACUGCUCUCUACCCUUUUUUCACCUUUUUAAAUUCUGCUGAAGUUUUUGAUGUUUUAUUUUGGUUUGCGUAUUUUAACUCCAGUUGUAAUCCCUUGAUCUAUGGAUUUUUUUAUCCUUGUUUUCAGAAAGCCUUCAAGAUUCUCAUAUUCCUUUGGAGUCAAAAAUGCAAACACUUUAGCUUUUGA